AUGGAUAAACAAUGGAUAAAUAAAUAUUUAUCAAUAAUUAAAUUAUUUAUAAUUACUAUACGCUUUGAUCAUAAACAACUGGAUGAAUUAUUUUCUCUAUAUCCAACGAUAACCAGUAUUUGUGAUACAUAUCCACAACUGGCAUCAAUAAUAUGGUUAGAUGUAUCAAAAAAUCAAAAUGAAGAAGAAAAAUAUGCACACUAUUUAAAUGUAUUUAAACAAACUUGUAUUCCAUUGACAUUAGAUUGUAAUAAGCACUGGAAUGAUCAAGAAUUGAUAAAUCAAAUAUUCAUAGAUAUAACAUUUGAUUUACAUCCAAAUUAUUCUUUAAAACGGUUAACACUUUCGUUAUCAUGUCUUUAUCAUUUAUUUUUACUAGUUGAAUAUUUACCUCAAUUAGAAUAUUUAAAAAUACAAAUAAAUAUUUGUUAUAAACAAUUGUCCGAAUUUGAUAGUGAAAUUAAUUGGGAAGACAGUGGUGUUAGUGGAAAAGAUGAUGACUAUAAUUAUGACAAAAUUACAGAUAAAUUGUUGUCAUUAUAUUUAAAAGAAUUUCAUUUAGAAGGACGCUUCUUAAAGAUCAUUACUUAG